GCAAAGUAGCGGUACUCUUACUGCAGCUCGUGCGCGCGUGUGUGUGUGUGUGUGUGCGAGAGUGCGCGGCGUGCGUGUGUGUGUGUGUACGGUGGGGCAGCCUUAAAUCACGUGCAUACAAAAAGAGGAAAAACACGGCAUUUAUUUACCUUUGGAUGCCACCAUAAAGCGAAAAAAAUAAAGGGGACGCCGACGCCCAAGUUCGCUGUAAUUCAAAGUUAGUAAGCGCUAAGCAAUCGCUUGCGUUUUGGUUCCAAAUCAAUACUUGGCAGGCGGUCAUUUAGUUUUAAUUGUUGCAAGAAAUAGGCCCAGGGCCCCCCAAAAAGCGGUGGAGAAUCAGCGAUAAGAAUCAUAACACCUGCGAAAAGACCAUGGCGGCCAAGAGCGAUAAGGACAUUCUGGCCAACUCCAUGUACGAGGAUGACCCCAAUGGCAACUCGGCGCCCGCCACCACCGAGGACCAGGAGUCGGCCAUGCCGGAGGAACUUAAGGGCGCUGCUGGCACCACAACCGGGGCCAAUGCUGGGACCACAACUUCUACUUCUCCGCGCUGGGGACCCCAGAACAAGGGCGCCCAGGAACUGGCCUCGCUCUACAGUCCAGGAAAGCGUGCCCAGGAAAUCAUUUGCGUGUACACCUGUAUUGGCCUCAUGAUUAUCAACCUGGCCCUAAUCGUGAGGCACUUGCGCUUGGAGCGGAUAAGUGUGGCCUUCCUCUCGGCCUUGUGUGGAAUUAUAACGGCUGACUUUGCCUCUGGACUGGUGCACUGGGCGGCAGAUACUUGGGGAUCGGUGGAUUUGCCCAUGAUUGGAAAGAACUUUCUGCGACCGUUUCGAGAGCACCACCUGGACCCCACUUCGAUAACGCGCCACGAUUUCAUCGAGACCAACGGCGACAACUUUAUGGUUGGCAUACCAAUCCUCGGCUACCUGGCCCACUACUUCUACAUCAGGUCGCCGAGCGAGAUUCAGCAGCACUUUGGCUGGAUAGCCUAUGUUUUCCUCUGCUCCAUUUUUGUGGCCAUGACUAAUCAGAUACACAAGUGGUCGCACACCUACUGGGGACUGCCGCGGUGGGUGCUGUUACUGCAGAGCUGUCACAUCAUCCUGCCGCGCAAGCAUCACCGCAUCCACCAUGUGGCACCGCACGAGACGUACUUCUGCAUCACCACCGGAUGGCUAAACUGGCCCCUGGAGCGCAUAAGAUUCUGGUCCACAUUCGAGAUCGUUAUCGAGCACUUGACCGGUCUCAAGCCCCGCGACGACGACCUGAGGUGGGCCAAGAAACUCACAUAGACGCGCUGGCCAGCGACUGUAUAUAGGAAACUUGGACCAAGCAGCAGCCCUGACCCGCUGAAAGUCACCAUAAAACGUUAUCAUACUAUCGAAAUGUUCUGCACAACGAAGUAGCUUUAAAGGAGAGUUAACUGAGCGGAGGGCUUAGUUCUCAGUUGCAUGUUUGUUAUGAAUAGUUGAUUAUUUAAGUUAGUUUUUUUAUAUAUACCUAUUGUACACCUGCACACACUCGCACUCGCACAUUAGGGCGCACACGCGUCUUUGCAUUCAUUGAUCUCGGCGCAGAUUAAUCGUACUUCGAGUGAGCCUUACGUAUACCUAAAUAGUGAAUGGAACAACUUACUGAACAUCAAGCACUGGCUUGUCGGAUAAAUUUAUAAGUAUUUACACAAAACCAGAGUAAUAUCCAGAUGUAUAAGCUUAGAGAGCCACUGAUUUUGGCACCAGGUCCAAACGGAAAAGACAUUUUUAAUACAUUUCAUCAUCGCUGCUUUUUGAUGGCUACAAAGUAAACACUUAUUUACAACUAUAUAUACAAGAUACAAUUAAACUAGGCGCCGUAUGCAAUCAAGAACGUGACUUACAACCUUUGCCUUAAAACGUUUUUUAUAUGUAUAACGAAGUGGUGGUAAGCGGUAUCAGUUUUUAGUACGCACACUUUUGGUGGCCAGUGUUGAACCUUUUGUAAGAGAACAGUUUGUAUAAUUAGUUUCGAAAGAAGUUUGCGCGGUGCAAUAGGUAUGUUGCACGAGACGAUUUUUAUAAGGCCUAGUUGCUUGCAUCAUUUGACGUGUUGUUGCGCAACACAGUAAGUCUAAGACAGCAAUAUUCAUUGUGAUCUGAGUAAAAUAAACCAUAAAGCUAAUAAAACAAAAAACUGGAUUGGAUGGCUGGAUGAAAA